AUGCUCAUUCUUAUUCCGGGUGCGACGGGCAGGUUAGGCCUAUACAUUGUCCGUUCAGCAAUUCAGCGUGGACACCGCGUCCGGGCCUUGGGACGUAACGCCAAAAAAAUGCCCCAAGAUCUCCGCAAUCAGUUGGAAAGCUUCGUCGAGAUGACCAACUUCAGCAAUGGUGUUGCUUUUGACAGAGCGUGUGCUGGUGUAGAUGCUAUUAUUGUCGCUUGGAACGAAGAGCCUCGACUUGUGUUAGACACUCAGCUCGUGCUUUUGCGAGCUGCAGAGCGUGCAGGAAUCAAGCGAUUUCAUGCAGUGAGUUGGAACACCGAUUGGGAGCAUAUGCCCCUUGGAGUGAUCGAGAGCUACGACGCAAUGAUAUGUUUCGCUCGGCAGGCUAUCCUCACGAGCCCCAUCAAACCAUUGUAUACAUUUUGUGGUGUUUUGGCCAAGAUACUCUUUGGAGUUCCCGGCGCAGGGUCACUUGAAGGCGACGCAAGCUUGUGGUUACGGAAGGAAGGCGGAGAGAGAGUGAUCAACUUGAUCGGAGUAGGCAAGACGCCAACACCCUUUAGCACGGAAGAAGACGUGGCGGAGUUCACUGUUGCCCUCACGACGAGCGAUGGUGCUGAAAAUGGCGGCUACUUCCGAUUUUGCUCAGAUGUUUUUUCAAUCUUAGAUUUGAAGGAAACGUAUGAGCAGUUGCGAGGAAGCAAGUGUCACAUUAAUCAUGUUAUGGAUGUCGCGACCUGUAAGCAGAUGAUCAAACAGGCGAGGAAAGAUGCGAUUAGGAAUGGAGAGCUGCACAAGAGGUUCAAGAACAUUGUGGGGCUGGUGUAUGCGCUAUUUCUGGAUGAAGGAUGUUAUAAUAUUGAGCCUAUCGAUGCCGAGAAAUUUCCGGAAGUGCCUCGAACAACACUAAAAGAGUACAUACUGGCUAAUGAAUGGAUCUAA